AUGGACGGCGGCCAGCCCAGCGCGGAGCUCGCGUCCGAGGCCGCGGCCCCGGCCCUCGGUAUCCCGGGCCGGAGCGUGAUGGCGCCGCUGCGCGCCGUGGUCCGCCUGCGCCGCCGCGUGCGCCUCCUGCGCAAGAGGCGCCUCCUGACGCCCGGCGCCGGGUUGGACCCGGGGCGCCCGGCGUCGCGCGGGGACCCGGACCAGCCGCAGAUCUUCACGUUCGACAGCCCCGCGGAGCUGUCGUUAAGGACGCCGCGCAAGAAGCGCCGGCGCAGCCGCGUGGUGCUCUACCCCGAGACCUCGCGCAAGUGCCGGCCGCGCGCCGAGAGCCGGAGCCGCGCGCAGCGCUGCCUGCUGCUGCUCGUGGCCAUCGUGGGCUUCCAGGUGCUCAACGCCAUCGAGAACCUGGACGAUAAUGCGCAGCGCUACGACCUCGACGGGCUGGAGAAGGUGCUGCAGCGCGCUGUGUUCGGCCAGCCGGCCGCCGUGGGGCGCAUCGUGGCGCUGCUGCGGGACUACCUCUCCACGCACAUGCACAGCCGCCCGCUGCUCCUGGCCCUUCAUGGGCCCAGCGGAGUGGGCAAGAGCCACGUGGGCCGCCUGCUGGCGCGCCACUUCCGCGCGGUGCUCGAGGACGGCGAGCUCGUGCUGCAGUACCACGUGCGGCACCACUGCCCCGAGCCGCGCGCCGCGCUGGCCUGCCGCGAGGAGCUGGCGCGGCGCGUGGCCGCAGUGGUGGCGCAGGCCGAGGUGGAGGAGAAGACUCCGUUCGUGGUGCUGGACGAGGUGGAGCUGAUGCCGCCGGCGCUCCUGGACGAGCUGCACGGCUUCCUGCAGCCGCAGCGCGCGCGCCCCUUCCACAACGCCGUCUACGUGCUGCUCAGCAGCGCCGGGGGCGCGGAGAUCACGCGCUUCGUGCUGCAGAACGCGUCCCGCGCGCUGCCCGUGCCGCGACCGCUGCGCCCCGGCGGCCCCGCGCACGGCUCCCGCGCCGAGGAGGAGCUGAGUGCCGGCCUGAGGGCGCUCCUGGCCCGCGAGCACCCGCUGUGGCAGGCCGCGGCCGUCGUGCCCUUCUUGCUGCUGGACAAGAGGGACGUGGUCAGCUGCUUCCGGGACGAGAUGGCUGCCGAGGGCUUCUUCCCGGAGCAGGCCCGCGCUGAGCUCCUGGCCGAGCAGCUCAGCUACUACCGCGUCGCUGGCCGCGAGUUUGCUGUGACGGGCUGCAAGCAGGUAGUGGCCAAGGUGAACCUCUUGUAGCGCAGGAGCCACCGGACGCAGUGGACGCUAGCGGCCCGGCCGCACAUUG